AUGGAGAGAUUACAAAACCACUCCAACCAAGACCUUGAGGAAUCCGCCAAUCGUGUCUUUUCCGGCCCCGAUCCUUGGCCUAUCUUUGACGAUGAUGAGAAUAGUCAUCGAUUCCAUAGGACCAGGUCCACCUCAUUUUCGCGACUUCGACAAGCAGGUGGCGUGAACAGUAUUGACAACUUCGCGCGGUCAUGGCAAAGAGCUGCCUACUUCCCGGGGGCACUUCUUCGCCGAUCUUCGUUUGUGGCGUCUGAGUCGGAGGAUGGAUGGGCUUCUGCAGCGGGUGUAGAAGCUGGGUCACCCUCGUCGCCAUUUCUACAACCAGAACGAUCGCCAUUGCUCGCGGGAAAUGAUACGGAACGGGUAUAUAACAAGUUGGAUGUCCCGGGCUCAUCCAAGCCAAAGCUUCCGGGCAUUGGAAUUUCUGGAUCACCACUGGAUGGAGGGUAUGGAACUUCGUACGGGUCGAUUUCUUCUCAGGUUACCGAUGUGGCUCGAAGACAUGCAAUUCAGCUUCACAAGGAACAUCAGGCGCAUCCCGACAUUGUUGUUGGUAGCGAUGACCAGCCUAUUCUGGUUAAGCAAGUUCAACAUGAGGAUGGUACCCGGGAAAAUAUCGUUGUUGGCCAAUCUACCGUGCCACAGACAAUUUUCAACUCGGUCAACGUGCUGAUUGGGGUUGGCUUGUUGAGCUUGCCGCUAGCAAUGAAACAAGCUGGAUGGCUUUUAGGACUGUCAUUUCUCUUCCUCUCCGCAGUAACAACGUCGUACACUGCUAAAAUCCUGGCUAAAUGUCUGGAUGUUGAUCCUACCCUUGCUACUUACGCUGAUCUAGCGUACAUCAGUUUUGGGCAUCAUGCGCGUUUAAUGACGAGUCUGUUGUUCUGCCUGGAACUUGUGGGGGCUUGUGUUGCCCUCGUCGUGCUUUUCGCAGACAGCCUCCAGGCUCUGAUCCCUGGUCUGACAAUCCUCCAAUGGAAGGUUAUUUGUGGAGUGGUGCUCAUCCCGCUUAAUUUUAUCCCUCUGCGACUGCUGAGUGUGACAAGUAUCUUGGGCAUACUGUCAUGCACGUCGAUUGUCUUGAUCGUCUUCAUUGAUGGCUUGUUGAAACCAAAUGCUCCCGGUUCGAUUCAGCAGCCAGCAAGGACUACUCUAUUUCCUGAUAAUUGGAACACUCUUCCUCUCAGUUUCGGUCUCAUCAUGUCACCCUGGGGUGGUCAUUCAGUAUUCCCUAAUAUAUACCGGGAUAUGAGGCAUCCUCGUAAGUAUGGGAAGAGUCUCUGGACAACUUAUAUAUUUACGUACUCACUUGACUGUGCUAUGGCCAUAAUCGGCUGGGUCAUGUUUGGGGACGCUGUUCGAGACGAGGUUACGGCAAACGUCCUGCUACUUACCGAUUACCCCCACACAUUAUCGAUAUGCAUGAUAGUCUUCAUAUCAAUAAUCCCGAUUACCAAAGUGCCUUUGAAUUGCCGGCCUCUGGUGGCUACUGUCGAGAUUCUUUGUGGGUUAAAUCCACGGGUCGAAGCGACGACUAAUAAUCCCGGGGAGUUGAAAGAAGUAAUUCGGCAGUUAUCAAAAAUCAUGGUCCGUGUUCUCACUGUGGUCGUGAUUGUUAUUAUGGCCGUUAUCUUCCCAUCAUUUGACAGGAUCAUGGCGCUGAUGGGAUCCUGUUUAUGCUUCACAAUCUGUGUGAUUCUACCAAUCGCUUUUUACUUGAGAAUAUUCGGGAAAGAGAUUAGCCGGCGUGAACGCAUACUCGACUGGUUCAUUCUUGCUGUAUCAUCAACAUUGGCGCUUGUUGGGACUGCUUGGGCAUUCUUGCCCGAAGACAUGGUUCCUGCUAGAUAG